AUGGACGUAGUUGUUCCCGUCGGCGAUAACGGUCGGAGCCCUUGCCCCUCUGGGAGCGCCAAGUGUCGAGCCUCGCUCAGCUCCUUCCUGAACAAGUGCCUUUUCUUUUUGGUUGGCUCCUCGGUGACUUGCAUUGCUUCCACUGGGCGUCUCACUUCCAAGGCCUUUGACACUCCCUUUUUCAUUUCAGACUGUUUUUCGGUCUUUGUUUACGUUAAUUUGGCUGCGUUCCUGUUUGUUCUCCUGUUGAUUGAAUGCAGCUACCUCAAGGCCGUUGUCAGUGGGUGGCUGUGUCUGGCCGUCCACCUUUCUAUCACCUUCAUUGUCUCCUUCGCCAGUGGCGACGUUGGACGGUACUUGUACACCUCCAUGUUCGCCGCCAUCGGCGUUCUUGAGGCUCUGGUGAUUCAAUCAAACUCUUUUGUCGUUUCAAACUUUUACUCUUCUUCCAUCUUUUCGAACUUGUAUUCUGGAUACUAUGGCGGGCUCGCUAUCUUUUCUCUCAUUCAAACCUUGGUGCAGCUCGUCGUCGGCACUAACAAUCAGCAUCAGGCUCGGCUUUGCUUAAUCAUCACGCACGGCAGCUUCACUUUCAUCGUCUUCUGCACUAUAGUGGCUCAAACUGUGAUCUACUCGAACACUCGCUAUUUCAGGAGCGCCAGCUUGCCUCGCGCUAAGUUCGGCGCUUCUUGCGUGAAGAAGCUCCGGGGCAUGUACCGCAUCUUCAGGUCCGUGCCCAAGUACUCUCCGCGCUUUAUCGUUUUUAUUCUGUCUGACUUGUGCAAGUGUGCUUUCUUUCAGGUUUUCAUUCCUUAUCGGAUGCUUCUCAACGAUAAGCAGGUCACUGUUGUCUUCUUCGUCGACAAUCUCUGUGACCUUCUUGGACGCUCUAUUGCUAGCUCUGCUGACGACACUGUUGUUUCCAAGGGUCCUGUGCUCAAUCACAGGAAGUUUUUGUUUAAGCGGAACCUUUUGUUCAUUGCUGUUCCUCUUAUUUGCUGGAUCGCUUCUUCUUUUUUCGUUUGGGCUACUUGGACUCUCAGUGUUAGGUUUUUUGUUCUCUUCGUUCCCAUUCUUAUUGCUGCUAUUGUUAUUUGCUUCGCUCUUGGCUACUGUUCCACUCGUGGUAUGAACGGGUGCAUUCCCAUUCUCGACUACUUUAGUCAACAGUUCGACGACCAGGGGUCUCCUAUGUUUCCCGAUGAGGACAAACACUACUAUAGCUACGUCAAUGACUUGAACACUUUUUUCAUAAAGUUUUUGUGGGUUAUCGUUUUCGCCAUAGUUUCUUAUCUCGCUACUCUUUUGGAACGGCAUCAGGAGACUUCUUUCUACAGGGGCCUAAGGGAUUCGCUGCUAGGUUAA